AUGUCGUCCUGCUUUGGAUUCUGCGGCUCAGAUGAUGAUGACCAGGGUGAGCGGCAGCCGUUGCUGCCUCAAUACAAUCAGGACACGGCGCGGCAAGCUCAGCUCCAUGAGAAGCUCCACACAUAUCAGAUGCUUCGAGCCAUGUCGAAUGGGUACAUGCCGUCCAAUGCGCAGGUCAUGACUCACCUCCGAGCCUUGUUGAGCUCGGCAGUCCUGAAUCCGCCGGAGCAGGGCGCCCUCAGCAGCUCUGGCCGCGCGCUCGUGCGGACUGCACGUCUGUGGCUGCAGCAGCUGAUGGACCUUGCCGAGCGGAAGAAUUCAAAGGAUCAGCUCCAGGAUUUCAUCUGGUACCUGUCCAAGGCGAAGCUGGAUGUGCAUGUGGCGAGCGUCAGGGAGAACAUGUCCAAGAGCAAGGCGCGGGCGGAUGCCUCUGCGACGGUGGAGAGCCUGCGCACCGUCGCGUCCCUGGCCAUGUUGAACCGCGACUUUAGGGUAUUCGUCGCCGACGUGGCCACCAUCGCAAGGCAAGUGCUUCGAGACACGGCGCUGGCGCUGGGAGCCGCGUCAAAGGAGGUUGGCGAAAAGCUAGACCAUCCAGGUGACGACAUACAGGCUCUCAAGAAGACGGAUCAGGAGGCGCAGGAGCCUGCAUCUUCGGAGCAUGUCAAGAACCAGGCAAAGACCGUCGGUGAAACCGCAUACAAAGAAGCCGUCAGCGUCGGCGAGGAAGCUUAUACAAGCGUGUCGGAGCACAUGAAUGCGGAAGCCAAGGACAUACUGAUGCGCCGCCUUCGGAACGCGGUCACGAAUCUACGCAAGAGGACCGACUACUCCGAGUCUGUGUCCACACUGUCCAGGCUUCUGCAGAAAUAUCUCACGAUAUACUUGUCGGUGGGGUCGGAGGCCGUUGAUACGCUACAAGGCGACAUGCAGGACAACAGCCAGGUUGAGAAGGCACUCCACAACUUUUGGCUCUUCCUUUCUUCGUUUGGGGACGCCGAAAGCUGGGACAGGGUCAGAAAAUCGCUGUCCGACUUUGCAGAGCACAAUAGAACGGAUGGGAACCUGGAUGAGUUUGUGAAUCAGUUUGCCAACCUGGUUCAAGAAGUGCUCUCCAAGCCCGAGUUUUUCGACAACGCGGACGAAAGACUUGACGAAUUGCGUGAGCGACUGAAAAAGCUCACGUCCGGGUCGUCGUUGGGCGAGGAUGCUGGCAAUCUCCUGAAAAGCGUCCAGCAAGCUCUCGAAUCCGUGGCCGAGGACGAGGACAUCAGAAACAUGACGUCGACCUCGCUACGCCUCAUCCAUAUAUUAUUCCCGCCAGGCGAGGUGCUCAACUCGGAUCUUGUCGGAGAUUGUAUCAACACCUUCAUCCCGUCACUGGUUCAGGCGGUGCAGUACGUUCCCAUUCCACGACUGGAAGUCUCGACACCGGCCAUGGACUUGUUGAUGGAGAAUGUGAUCAUGCAACCGGGAGAGACGGUCAAUCGGAGCUCAUUUCUGCCGUACAAGCUGCAGUUAUCAACCCGCAACGACGUUGACAUCACCAAAUAUCAAUUUGGAACCAAGUCCUCGGUGACUUCCCUUGUAACCACGAAACUGGCCGGAAUGUCCAUCGCAGCCGAUGAUCUCGGAUACUGGCUACGGUUGCAUUCGGGCCUCCUUCGAUUCGUUGACGAGGGCCUGGCCAGCUUCCGCCUCGACGAGCGCGGCAUAGACGUGACUCUGGACGUGGAAAUCGCCCGAGAUCGGCUAGACGAGCUCGUUUCCCUGCGCGGCGUGCGCGUCAAGGUCCACCACCUGGACUACUCUCUCCGCAAGUCCAAGUUUUCGUGUCUUGCCUGGUUUCUCAAACCAUUUCUCCGGCCGCUUCUGCGGAAAACACUGGAGACACAGAUAUCCUCGGCGAUGGACCAGGGACUGAGAACCCUGAACCGGGAGCUGGUGUUUGCGCGGGAGCGGCUUCGCGCGACGCGUGUAUGCAAUCCCAGCGAUCUUUGGACCUUUGUCCGUGCUGUGGCUGCGCGUCUGAUGCCGUCACCCGAUCCCGACGUUUACACCCGGGUCGGCGUCGAACCCGGGAAAGGCGUCUUCCGCGGACGCUACGCGCCCGGCAGCCUGGUCAAGGUGUGGGAGGAGGAGGCGCGUGACGCGGAGCAGAACAUCUUUGAGUAUCGCCAAGAUGGCUGGCGGAACGCCAUAUUUGAUUUGCAAACCACCCCGGCGUCGUAA